CUAGUUUCUGGACGGAAGGAAAUCAGUGCUGGUAAGGUAAUCGGACGGAAUGAACGCAUCACCGACGUGAUAAACACAAAAUAUCCCAGGAUUUAUUGAGAAAUGGCCGGAGUGGAGAUGGACCCCGAGGUUGCGCGGGGCUUGUUUGAGGAAGGAGCCACACUCGUCCUCCUUGGCGUGCCCGAGGGAACCGAGUUGGGCAUAGACUACAAGAGCUGGCAAGUCGGCCCUCGUUUCCGUGGAGUAAAGAUGAUUCCCCCUGGGCUCCACUUUCUGCACUAUAGCUCGUCAAACCACCAGAGCAUGGGUGGCGAGAUAGGUCCCAGGAUGGGGCUGUUCCUCUCCCUUAAGCCACGGGAGCUUAUUCUGGCGUGUUGGGACAGAAAAGAGGAGGAUCUGGACUUUUCUCCUUCUCAGAAUCAAGAAGAACUGGAGCGGGUCAAGGCAGGACUUCGGGAGCUAGAUCCGUUCCUGGGGCCAUAUCCAUACGACACCCUGCGCAAGUGGGUGUCCCUGACGGAUCGGCUCACCAAAGAGGUAGCCGAAGCGCUGCAGCCCUUGAACGGACGCGUGUGUGCCUUCAGCGACGUGGUUCCCGAGGUGCAGUUGACGCACACGCGGGACCGCGAAGAGCAGAACUUGCCACGCAACGACAAUGCCUGUCAGAGCAUGAAGGAAGGUUUGGACCGGCUGCCCCGCAUGAAGCAGAGGGAGGGCACCGAGCUGCGCUUCUCCAACAUACCCAAACAGAUGUACCCUGCCGGGGCAACACCUGCUCAGAUAACGCAAUGCAGCAUGGAUCUCACCUAUGCCCUAAACUGCCUUCUGGAACAACACUAUCACCAACAGCCUCUCAACGUGUUAGGCGAGCUGCAGUUUGCCUUCGUGUGCUUCCUGGUGGGCAACGUGUACGAGGCGUUUGAGCACUGGAAGAGUCUGCUGUCGCUGCUGUGCCGUGCGGAGGAGGCCAUGCGCCACCACAAGGAGCUCUUCUUGGGCCUCAUCAGUGUCCUCUACCACCAGCUGGGCGAGAUCCCGCCAGACUUCUUCGUGGACAUUGUGUCCCAGAACAACUUCCUCACCUCCACACUGCAGGACUUUUUCCAGUUUGCCACCGGGCCAGGGAUGGACAGCACUCUGCGGAAGAGAGCGGAGAAGUUCAAAGCUCACCUGACCAAGAAGUUCCGCUGGGACUUUGAGGCCGACCUCGAUGACUGUGCCCCAGUGGUGGUGGAACUCCCAGAGGGAGUCACUUUAGGCUAAAGAGGUGUGUGUGUGUGUGUGUGUGUGUGUGUGUGUGUGUGUGUGUGUGUGUGUGUGUGUGUGUGUGUGUGUGUGUGUGUGUGUGUGUGUGUGUGUGUGUGUGUGUGUGUGUGUGUGUGUGUGUGUGUACAUGUACAUGUACAUGUACUGGCGACUUGCUUACAAGUCAGCAAAUUAUUGUUAUUUUUUGCUUGGGUGGACAUGUGAUUAUCAGCAUAAACGUGUGUGUGUGUGUGUGUGUGUGUGUGUGUGUGUGUGUGUGUGUGUGUGUGCGCGCGCGCGUGUGUGUGUGUGUACACCUCCCACUGGGGUUUCAGAUUCAGUGGUUACUCAUCGCCCACUACUUCACGCCCCCUAAAAUGGGUUUGUUGCCCGCAAGCUCUUCAGAUGGGACUCUCUCUAUCCAUCUAUCUAUCUCCCUAUCUCUCUCUCUCACACGUCAGCUCCUUGAAUAGGACUCCCUCUUUUUUUCCGAGCACUUUGGCUUGGAAAAGCUUGUCAUUCUGAAGGAGAAAGGCAAAAGGGAGGUAUUCAGAAUAUUCCAUAAUGGAAUGUUUGAAAGGUUAAACAAAUUCUACAAGUUAAUAAAUACAUUUGUAAUAACA